GAGGGAUAGAGAGAGAGGGGGCAAAGGAGAGAGGCCAUAUGAAACCAGCAGAGCAUAAGCCACGCUUUAUCCUGCCAGUCUGUCCCGCUCCGCGAGCACAGGAAACACGCAACUCCCCCAGCCCUCAUUCACUCAUUCAUCACUCUCUUUCACACACUUCUACAGACACACACACACAGCGGCUCACAAAGGACUGGAGGAUGGCUGUGUCCAUGAGAAGAAUGAAUGGGUCCCGGAGAGGGAUGGCUCUAGCCGUGGUUCUCUGUACUCUGCUCCUACACAAUGAAGUUCACUGUCAAGAUUCCAUUGAUACACCUUAUACAUCCGAUGCCAAAGAUGCCCCGGGUGCUGCAACCACAGACGCCCCAGUUGCUGCACCCACAGACUCCCCAGGUGCUGCACCCACAGACGCCCCGGGGGCUGCACCCACAGACGCCCUGGCUGCUGCACCCACAGACGCCCUGGCUGCUGCACCCACAGACACAACAGGAGUCACAGCCCUCGCAGACGACACUCAAGGUACUGAUGCCACCAUCGAACCCCAAGCCCCUGUAGACGACAAGGCGACUACCGUCGCUAACUCCACAGCUGACAACACUGCUGGGACCAGUACUCCAGUACCAGACCAGGACACUGCCUUCACUCCAGUACCAGACCAGGACACUGACUUCACUCCAGUACCAGACCAGGACACUGACUUCACCUCCAUGGUGCCAGAGCAUGACCCUGUAGCCACAGGUGACACCUCUGGCACCACAGCUGGACCUGGUGUUGACACACAGGGCACUGAAGCUACUGAUGACCCGGGUGCACCUGUUGUGCAACUGGGGCAUCAGGCCCCUGUUUUUGUUCUUCCCAUUGUUGAGUGUGUGGACAAGGAGGCAGUGAAGGACAAGGACACAGUCAAGGUGGAGCUUUCUUCAGAAACUAGCUGUUCAGUGACCAAGAGAAUCAUGGAGGAUUCAGCCUGGUGCACAGGAGACUGCAACCUUAAACUGUUCCAGGAGGAGAACUCUAACACACUGGUUUUGACACGAGCUAAUGGUGGAGUCAAAGAAUUGUCAGAGAGCCUGAACAGCCAAGACAUCAAGGGCCAGCUGGGUGUGGUGGAGGCAGCUCCUCAGUGGGGUAAACACUCUUCCACCGUACUGGUGUCUCUGCUCAUCACUGGCCUGCUGCUGGCUGCUACCCUCAUUGGAGGCUACUGUCUGAAGAAACACUGCAGACACAACGCCAAGGGCAUGAGGCUGGCUGAGGAUGCGUACCCAGUGGAUGAGGAGAACCAGGGGAACACCCUGGUGUCUGUGGCUCCUCUCAACCCCCUUGAGACCCAGGAGAAGCCUGCUAACGGGGAUUCCCAAGAGGCCGCCAAGACUCAGCCCCCUCCCACCAACGGCCACUCCACCACCAACUUGGCAGACACAGAGCUGUGAAGACCCCCCUAGAAGCCCUGGAGAAGAAUGAAACUUACCCCCCUAUCCCUCCAACACCAACCCUUCCCCUCAGAACACGGCAGAACUCCAGAGACCCCAUCCUACAGUGGACAUCAAGGAUGAAAACUGCCCCUCAUAACCCCAAUAACCCCCACAUAACACUCCUUCAGACUCUCCAUGUCCCCCACUUCGGCUACAUACAACUCCAUGGUAAAGACAGAUAAGAUUGAUGAUGAUAAGGCUUGAUACUAAUGUGAAUGAUGAUGAUAAUAAUGAUGCCGAGGGCUAUGUCCCUGUCCCUUGGAUGCUUUCAUCAUCCAGGCCUGGAGGCUGGGCCGAGGCAGGCCUGGAGGCUGGGCCGAGGCAGGAGGGAUUUACGUUGUUAAUCACCACUGGCUCCACGACGGCAGCUGGGGUCACAUCAACCACGUCAUGUGCCCUGACUGCACGUCAUCAGGUCUAAAGCUUCCUUCCAAAAAUCCGUUAACCCUAAAUUGAAGCAAAGCUUCACGUUCAAUUCAAAUUGGUCCUUAGACCUUAGUUGACCGUACAAAAUAGCAACAAAAAAAAUGUAACAUCCUUAAAUCUGUUUACAAAGUUCUGAGUGGAAUAAAGGAGCGCUCUGA